CAGUAGUCACGUCGAUUUUGACAGCAAAACAUUGAAAAUGGCGUUACAACCGGAACAAAAACAGCUCGGCUACGAGCAAACGCUGAUGCAUGGUAGAUAUACAAAGGAACUUGGACAAUUUGCAAAAUCUGAAGCUGCAAGGUUACGUGUAGAACGCGAACAAAAGUCUAAAGAGGACGAAUUUAGAGAGUAUCGUGACGAUACUUACUGUCAGAAAUGUAAAACAAAGUUGGUCUGGAUUCGUGAUUGGACGUUCAGUAAAAUUGGAGAAGACUGGAUUUUUCUCUUUCUUCUGGGGAUGCUGAUGGCUCUCCUGUCUUUUGGAUUAGACUACACUAUUGCAAAAUUUCAAACAGCCCAUAUAUGGGUUUACCGUGAAUUGGCAGGCCAUCCGUUCCUGCAAUACCUUGCCUGGUGCUUCUAUCCUAUCAUAUUCGUCGUAUUUUCAGCAGGGUUCGCACAUUUAGUAGCACCUCAGGCUGUCGGAUCUGGUAUACCAGAGAUGAAAACAAUUUUACGUGGUGUUGUUCUGAAGGAAUAUUUGAACUUUAAAACAUUAAUAGCCAAGGUUGUCGGACUGGCAACAUCGGUUGGCAGUGGUCUUCCACUUGGAAAGGAGGGUCCAUUUGUGCAUAUUGCUAGCAUCGUAUCAACACUCCUCAGUAAAUUUAUUGUUACAUUUAAAGGUAUUUAUGAGAAUGAAUCGCGGAAUAUCGAAAUGCUAGCUGCAGCGUGUGCCGUGGGUGUAUCCUGUAACUUUGCCGCUCCCAUUGGAGGCGUCCUUUUCAGCAUAGAAGUAACGUCAACAUAUUUUGCGGUUAGGAAUUACUGGCGUGGUUUCUUUGGGGCGGUUUGUGGUGCUUUUGUUUUCAGACUCCUAGCUGUGUGGAACCAAGAGGAAGAGACUAUUACAGCUUUGUUUAAAACAAACUUCCGAGUUGAUUUCCCCUUUGACCCCCAAGAAUUGAUUGCAUUUUCUUUUAUUGGUGUUGUGUGUGGAUUUGGAGGUGCCUUGUUUGUUUAUCUUCAUCGUAAGAUUGUUGAUUUUAACCGUAAGCAUAAACAGUUUACAAGAUUCUUACAGAAGAAUCGUUUUAUUUAUCCAACAUUGGUUGCAUUAUUCAUCACUUCGAUUACCUUUCCACUGGGACUUGGACAGUUCAUGGCGGCAGAGUUGACUCAAAAGGAUCAAAUUGAUGAAUUAUUUAGUAAUACGACAUGGGUUGUAAGAGAAAAGGUUGAUAUAAUUCCAGAUCCAGCAACAUAUUGGGAAAAUCCAAAUGUGUUUGUAACGCUUGUUAGUUUUAUUGUUAUGCAGUUUUGGAUGGUGGCCCUGGCCAUUACACUCCCUGUUCCUGCCGGUGUUUUCAUGCCUGUCUUUAUUAUCGGAGCCGCUUUUGGACGUCUUGUGGGCGAAAGCAUGUCAGCCUGGUUCCCAGACGGAAUCAGUAACGGCCAUUUGUUGAAUAAGAUUGUUCCUGGCGGAUACGCAGUUGUAGGUGCUGCGGCCUUAUCAGGCAGUGUUACCCACACAAUCUCAACAUCUGUUAUAGUUUUUGAGCUUACCGGGCAGAUUACACAUAUUCUUCCUGUAAUGAUUGCAGUAUUAAUAGCAAACGCAAUAUCCCAGCUCCUGCAGCCUUCUAUAUAUGAUAGUAUUAUUCAAAUUAAACGUCUUCCAUAUUUACCAGACAUCAGUAGCUCAGGGCCCAGGAUACAUAAUACAUACGUAGAGGAUAUCAUGGUACGCGGUGUCAAGUUCAUCUCGUGGCUCUCGUGUUACCAAGACUUACGUGACCUACUGGAUACAUCAAAUCUGAACUCAUUCCCAUUGGUUGAUGCUCCUGAAUCAAUGAUACUCUUAGGGUCAGUACAACGUGCAGAAUUAGAGUACCUUCUUGACAAGAAGCUUGGCCGACUCGCAAGGAUCCAGUACACAGAAAACAAGCGAAAACAAGCAGCAGCCGACUCGGGCCGUUUGCCCUCACAGACUAUAACACCACCGAGCAGGUUUACAAUUGUCUCUUACCAUUCAAAUGAAGGUAAUGAGCCGAACUUAAUAAUUCCUAUUAGCGAAAAUCCUAAUGGCAGUAUAUCAAGUAGAAAGACCUCUGACCCUGUCAAUGAUAUGCAGCCUAAUCACAACGAAAAAUCCAGCAGCCAGUCAUCAGUAGCAGAUCUGGAUGAUAUGACACCAGAAGAGCAAGCCGAGUGGGAAGCUGCCGUUCUAAAAGAGCAAAUCGAUUUUUCUGAUUCUCAAAUUGACCCUGCUCCAUUUCAACUUGUUGAGAGGACUUCAUUACAUAAGGUGCACUCACUCUUUUCAUUGCUUGGUUUAAAUCAUGCAUAUGUGACGACGCUUGGACGUUUAGUUGGUGUGGUGGCACUUAAAGAGAUUCGUCGAGCUGUUGAGCACACAAAUUUUUACAAGAAUCAAAGGCCUCCUGUAGUUAGAACACCUAGCACUCCAUCAAUCAGCCCUGAACCAACCAAUAGGAAUGGCUCAAGACCACAGUUUAACCUUCUGGUUGAUGAGGCAACAUAGGAGUACAUCUGAAAUUGACUAGGUAAGACCUCACCAUCACUUAAGCUUGGCAGACACAGAUCUUACCGCUUACUUAGCUGACAACAAUCAUGCGGGUACUGAUGAGGUUACAAGAAUUGAUUGGAGAUAUAUAGCUGUGUGUAUUAUAUACCAAUAUUUUCUUUUAAGAAAGUGCUUAAUAAACAGUUGAAAGAUGGUUUUAUAUAAUGAAAAAGGAUAUUUUUUUUGGAAAACAAAAACCCAUAUUUUGUUAAUCAGAAAUUAAAUUCAAUAUCUUUUUUCAAAUGUCUAUUUCACCACUGACUCAUAAUCAUGGAAUAAUUUAUAAUAGUAUUCAGCAUUGUUUGCUCCUUUGCAUAGAAGCAGCAUAGAAGUAUGUAUUGCGGUGUGUAUGACAUUGAGUUGGUAAACAAGCAAACUCAAAAUUGUAAAAAGUUGGUUCUGAAUUUCGGUGGCUUGUUUUGGGAAUGUCAUAGAUCAGUAUUUUUGAGAUUUCAUUUUAUUGGUGAAUAUUAAAGCCUCGAGGUUCUUUUUGCUUGUGGUAGUGCGGGAGGCCUUCCCGGUUUACGGGAGACUCCCACGAUUUGCAGGAGAGUUGUGACCCCCGGGGAUCAUACCUAUAACUAUAACAACAUUCAUGUGUAAAAUGGAGAAAAAAAAGAGAUCACUUUCUUACAUUUUUUAAAAAUGCCGCCCCUAUUUUUCAAUGAGCUAGGAGCGGGUGCUGGUGGACAAACAGUUUUUUUUUAGGCCUUAUGGGUGAAUAAAUGUGACCUAAAAGUGUACAGUAGUAGUCGGCACAAAAAAAAAAAAAAAAUAAUAUAGCACA